AGUAAUCAAGUAAACACUACGGCACUCGAUUAAGACUUUGAAAGCUUCGACCGAUUUUUUCUGAAGCAAGAAGAUUCAAAGUCUUCUAUCGUGAAGACCAAAGACCUGGAGGACUUCCCUUGAAUUAGUCUUUAUUCCACUGUUCCCUGCAGUUUCCACGAGAGCUCCUCAGGAGUCAGGACUCGGGAGUCAGGUCGUCUAGAUGGCUUUUGAGGUUUUCCGCUCUUGAGCAAAUCUGAUGUUUGGAAUAUAGAUUUUGAGGCAACCCUGUUGGAUAUUCGACGUAUCUCAUGGUGGGUUUCUCUUCUUUCGUCUUUUUUACGGUGUCUUGAAUUAUCUGCGAUCUGUGUCUUGGGCUGAGAGAUUUUGAGAUGUAUAAGCAAAAACCAGAGUGCUUUUGGGUGUUUGUGUAUUGGGGGUCCCCGGAUUUGGUCGCAAGCAUCAAAAGCUUGAUGUAAAAUGCACUGCUUGUCUUCGUUUGAAGCGUUGGAUGCUCGUAUCUUACUGUAAAGAUGAUGCAAGAGGUGUAUGAUUCUUACCCUUUAUUUCGUUUGAUCUAAUAUUCAAUGGGUUCUGCGAGUUGUGGUGUUGACCUGUUCAUUGAUUCUUUCUUCGUUGGCUGUGGAUGGUGUAAUUAGUCUUGUAGUUGGUAGUCUUUCGGGGUUUGUUUCUCUGAGCAACAAACUAAUGAGUUUGGAUAGGAAAAACCGCAUCAAGCAUGCGGCUUUCCGUCGGAUAUUACAUGUGGUUGUAGUUGCCUUGUUGGGGGUUCUGCUGCUGUUUUUUCUCUGGAGAACAGGUUCAGUUUAUCAUAUUACGUGGGAUUCUGAUGAAGUUGAUGAAGGUAUUGUGCAGCAUACAGCCUUAGUCUCCAUAGAAAAAUCCGGACUCCCUAAACAGACCAAAUUGUCGGUUUCAUUGGAGAAAAGAAAUUGGUUGCCCCCAAGAAACUUGGAUCUUUUUCCAAAUCUUGCAGAGGACCAUAUAACACUUGUGCUGUACGUUCAUAACCGGCCUCAGUAUCUCAAAGUAGUUGUAGAGAGCUUGUCUAAGGUAGAGGGUAUUGGUGAAACUUUGUUGAUAGUCAGCCACGAUGGAUACUUUGAAGAAAUGAAUAAGAUAGUUAAAAGCAUUCGAUUCUGCCAAGUAAAGCAGAUCUUUGCCCCUUACUCACCUCACUUGUUCCCCAAUAGCUUUCCUGGUGUCUCUCCUGGGGACUGCCAGCAGAAAGAUGAUCCAUCCAAGAAGCACUGCAAAGGUAAUCCUGAUCAGUAUGGGAACCACCGAUCUCCGAAGAUUGUGUCGUUGAAGCAUCACUGGUGGUGGAUGAUGAACACAGUGUGGGAUGGGUUGAAAGAGACCCGGCAACAUUCAGGUCAUAUCCUCUUUAUAGAGGAAGACCACUUUAUUUUUCCUAAUGCAUACCGGAAUAUUCAGCUACUUACCAAGCUGAAGGCUCAGAAGUGUUCCGAUUGCUAUGCUGCUAACUUGGCACCAUCUGAUGUGAACUCGAGGGGUGAAGGUUGGGCAAGUUUGAUUGCUGAGAAGAUUGGGAACAUUGGUUAUGCUUUUAACAGGACAGUUUGGAGGAAGAUCCACUCUAGGGCAAGGGAAUUUUGCUUCUUUGAUGAUUAUAACUGGGAUAUAACAAUGUGGGCUACUGUUUAUCCCUCCUUCGGUGGUCCUGUUUAUACACUAAGGGGACCUAGGGCAAGUGCAGCUCACUUUGGUAAGUGUGGCUUGCAUCAAGGACAAGGGGAGCAAGGUGCUUGCAUUGACAAUGGCUCUGUGAACAUAGCAAUAGAAGAGGUUGACAGGAUUACAAACGUCAAUUCAGACUGGGAAGUGCAUAUUUACAAGCGUCAAUCAGGGUAUCAAGCUGGAUUUAAAGGUUGGGGCGGCUGGGGAGAUAUGAGGGAUCACCAGCUCUGUUUGGAUUUUGCAAAAAUGUAUUACUUGGGCAGCACUCCACUACCAGGUUGAGAGUUUAACUGUCGGUGUUUUGAGUAACCAACUUCUUGUAACUGGCAGGGCAUGGGCUAUCCCAGAGAUAUUUCUAUCUUGUUCCUAAUACUGAAUGAAUGUAAUGACAUUCUUCUGUACUGGUUUAAUGGCUUGUUUUUGUUUGUGAUAAGGUCCUCUUUUGCUUUUAUUACUUGGUCUUAUUUAUCUGAAUCCUGGGGCAAUUAACCUGGGGAAUGUUCACCAGAGGGUGAAGGUGAGUGAAAGUGGGGAAAGGAGGGAAACAAAUCUUCUACAAUGCAAGGAAGUUUUUCACCA